AUGAAGCCCACAUCAACCCUCCUCCUCCUCGCCACAACGGCCACCACAACCACAGCAACACCCACCAUUCCCCGCGCCAUCCCCCGCGCCAACACCAUCCAUUACCCCCAUCCCAACCCCCACCGCCUCCUGCACACCCUCCCGGCAGCCCCCCAGCAGCAGCCCCUCUCCCACCUCCUCUCCACAUCCACAUCCGCAGACGCCGAAGCCGACGCAGACACAACCCUCGCCGGCGCAGUCCUAACUCUCCCUCUGUCAGAGAGUAAUAAUACCACCAAACAACCCCUCCUCUCAACAAUAACAAGCACCUUCCGCAUCCCCCUCGCCAACAUCCCGACCUCCGGCCCAACAGCCAAUAACUCUGCGACGGUCUACGGCGCGUCGUUUUGGGUUGGUGUUGACGCUGGUGUAUCCCCCUCUGGGACGGGAUGCUCCCCCUCCUCCUCUCUUUCUGGUGGUGUUGCGCAAGGGGGGACAGGAGUAGCAGGGGGGAUGUUGCGCGCCGGGGUGGAUAUCUUUUAUGAUGGGACGCUAGGCGGACACCAGCAGCCUGUGAUUUGGUAUCAGGGGCCGGGGCAGAAGGGGGAGACGGCUUUUGAGGGGGUUGUGGUUGGGGAGGGGGAUUUGGUGCGGUUGAGUUUGGUUGUUGGGUCUGUUGGGUCUGUUGGGUCUGGGUCUGCUGCCUCUCCGGGCGAGGGGGUUGAAAAGGGGGAAGGUGAAGCGGUGGGUGGUGAGGAUGGGGAAGGGGAAGUGGUGGCCAUCGCAGAGAACUUUGGCCCGGAUGUUGGGUGUCCCGAGGGCGCGACACCGAUCGCUAGUGUGCGGAAGACGUUUCCUGCUACUGUUUCUUCGACCAUUUCAUCCACUAGGACCUCAUCCACUCCCACUCCCACUACCACACCGACACAGAAUACGCAGCCCACACUCUGCCGCAAAGAAGCCUCCUGGGUCCUGCAAGACGCCCCCCUAGCCGGCCUCCCCAACAUCCCCAUCGCGCUGGCCAACUUCACCCGCGUCGCUUUCACCGCUGGCAUCACUCUCGACGACGGGAGUGUACGGAGUUUGACUGUUGGGUCUAAUCCGGGUGCCGAUGGGAAGAAGGCUGGGCUGGCAGAUGGCGUGGAGGUGCUGGAUAUCAGGCAGACGCAGCAGGGAGGUCGGUUGACGAGGUGUGGGGUGGAGGAGGGGAGUGAGGGGAGCGAGGUUGUUUGCGUACGGGUUGUGGGGGAGUAA